UUUGGGAAACAAUGCUUACCUGCUUCAGACUGAUUGUGGGUAUGUCCCUAUUUACUGUCACAUGACCAACUCUGGCAUGGGCGCAUGUGGAGGAGGUGGAUGGACGCUGGUCAUGAAGAUUGACGGCCAAAAGCGGACUUUUCACUACGACUCACAAUACUGGAGCAACAAGGAAAGCCACAAUUUAGAAGGAGGAAUGACUGGAUUUGACAGACAAGAGACCAAACUGCCAACCUACUGGAACACACCCUUCUCCAAGAUCUGUCUCGGAAUGAAGGUCGGCCUCCAACCUGUCAGAUUCAUUGUCAUGAACACCCACGCCAAUUCCUUGCAUUCAUUGAUUGCCAACGGAGGAUAUCAUAACACUUCGUACGGGCCUGACAAGUGGAAGGCAUUGAUUGGCCCCGAAGCCUCAUUGCAGAGGACCUGUUACAAGGAGGGUUUUAAUGUUCAACCUGAUUCUUCUACCUCCAAGGCUAGAAUUGGCAUAGUUGGUGGCCAACAAUGCUAUUCAUGGUAUAUGACUUCCAGAGUUGGUUUUGGUACUGGAGGUCGGCCUGAUGAUAGCAGCUCGUGUGGCAACGAGGAUCAGCGCGGCGGUAAACAUCUAAAAGCGAUGGGGUACAUCUUUGUUCAGUGACAUGUCGACUUAUAAACGCUCGAUCCUUUUAGCACUGUUUAAAACUGGUUAAAAUUUAAUGAAGCAAACUGUUCGAUUGAAGAUUUACACCGAAGGGAAAUUCUGAGAUGUAUCUAUAAUGAUAAAUUAAAAUAAACGAUGA